AUGUCGGGCCAGGAGACGAAAGUGUUCCAGCCGGAAAGUCAACAAGAUUAUCACCAGCAAUAUUCUACUAGCUCAGGUCUGGAGGAUAAUAUCAAAGCUCUUCAGAACCAACUUCCCUAUGGCUCCAGCCAGGGCAUGUCAGCGCAAACAUGCCAUCUCCUUCAGGCAAACGUCUCGCCAUCCUUCCCUCCGAUAUCUGCCGACACUAAGCCUCAACAACACACCAGUAUCUCUCUUUCUCCAGCAAGAGGAUCUGGAACUGAGCGAGAGCAGAUAGCUAAGAUCAUGCUGGCUUCUCAUACACGCCAAGGUCACGCGAUGGACGGUACCUUUAUCCUCAGCCAGGGGCAGCUCAAAUCCUCGGAACAACCCUCAUUCGGAAGUGCUGGCUCGAAAGCCGAAUUCCAGUCCUCUACGACGCUAGGAGUGCAUUGUCCAUUCUGGAAAGUGUGGUGGCAAGAGCUGCUCUGCAUCAUCAUUAGUAUUACUUCAUUGAUCGUCAUCGUUGUCGUUCUCGUCUACUAUGAUGGUCAGACACUGCCAGACUGGCCCUUUGAAAUCACGCUCAACACAUUUCUCGCUUUUUUCACAACACUGGCAAAAGCGGCGUUCAUGUUACCAGUGUCCAUUGCUCUGAGUCAAUCGAAGUUCACCUGGCUCCAUGAAGCUGCUAUUCCGGGUGCGGCUCAAGCACUGGGUCACCAAUUUGGUGCCAUCUUGAUGGUUGUCAGCAUUCUUUCUUCUCCAGUAACCCAAUUGGCUGUCAAUUAUCGCCAGCGAAAUGACACCGCCCUGGAUGAAGAGGCUAGUAUCAUCACCAUCGAUAAAAUCAAUAUAUCCCACCGAAAGUUACUAAAGUUGGCGGACCUUGCGGCGUUCAAGGCUACAAUACCAGAAUCUGGUAACUUCGAAGAGCCAGCGCCCCCUCAGAGAGCUUCAUGCUCGACAGGAAAUUGCGAUUUCGGUCCCUAUCAGUCACUAGGUGUUUGUGUGGAUAUUGCCAACAUAACUUCAAAACUUCGGACUGAGUCGAAAAGUAACUUGACGUCAGAAUUACUUGAAGACGGUGGUGGGAGACUGGGCCCUGGUCAAAAGACAUGGAAUGUUAGCCUUUCGAGUGAAUACGGGGUUCUGCAUCAAAACCCUUUGGUGGUCAAAGGCGGCGAGCUUAUGGGGACCGAUACCUUUGGCUUCUCUAACAACACAAGGCUUCUCGAAACUAAAAUCGCCUCGUUCUUUUUCAUCUAUACCUCCCCGACACCGCCCAACAAAACUACUCAAGAUCUUCGGAAGUACCUAAACGAUGAAACCAGUAUGGCGCCCUUGGUUGAAAGCUUUGGAUACGAGGCACUCGAAGUCGUAUUCCAUAUGUGUGUUCAGAAGUUUCAAACCAAAGUCCACAUGGGGGUAGAAAAGACUCACAUGAUUGACGCCUUAUCGCAAAUCGAUGAUAAAAGCAAGGGAAUCAUCUUGGGGCCCAAUUGUCAACCUUUGGUGGAUAGACUCGAUGCAUGCGAGCCAGUGAAAGACCCAGGUGACUUAGUUGCACAUCUCAACCCCCCGAGUCCUGGAACAAGGAAGUUUAGCGCUCCGUACAAGUCAAUGUGGCAUAUAGGAGCAGGAUUCUCCUAUUUUCUCAGUGGAGAAGCAGAGAUACGAUAUGUGGCUGAGGGGAGGGCAUUCAUCUGGUCAGAUGGCUUUUCCCGGCCCGUCUUCGAAAAUAUACUCUACAACAACAAAAACAUGUUCAAUUCCACACGGCGAGCAGCCCAACUGAACAAUUUCUUCCAGGAUAUUGCCACUAGCUUAUCAUCUACCUCACGAACCGCUCAUCAUCAAGAUAAGAGACCGGGGGUGUUCGUCAUCAAGGGAACCCCUUUGAAGGAGGUGACGUACGUUCAUAUAACAUGGGGAUGGAUUUCAUUCCUCGCCGUCGAGAUUGCUGCAGCAGUAUUAUUCCUAGUCAUCGCCAUUACCGCCCAGAGCACGGUAUCUCGAGAAAGAGGACCGGAGAACGUAUACAUCCCGGCAGACGCAAAGGACUCGGCUCUGGCAACUCUUGUCGUCCUCAGUAAGGAUUGCCGCGAAGCCUUGGGUGAUGGUCUGCAGCCGGCAGGUGUCCUUCAGAAGACUUCGUAG